UUCUUUCCUUACUAAGCUGGCCUGGCUAUAAAGGAUGUGAUAGAAGCCCCAUCGAGUGAGUACUUCCAGAAUGGCUGUCAGUGUUUAUGGGUUUCAACCCCCACCGGCGUACGGUGCCCUAGGAGGUAUGACUGUGCCAACAGGGCCUCAAGCCGUGCCUCCCAAUUAUCGGAAUCCUGAGAAUCAUCAGUUCCUGUUCUCUCAGAGUCGGAUGCAGUGCCCCCAUCCUAUGUGCAAGUGUCGGACCGGUUCCUUGAAAAUGAAGUCUUAUUCCGUGUCUGGACGGAACAUGUUGAAAAGUCAGGCGCUCCCCGCCUAUGGAAGGCGGAUAUGCGAGUAUGGAAAUUACCAUGUGGAUGCCAAGUAUACCAAACCUUUGACGGUGGAUACAGCCACGGAAUACGAACUUCCUCGUCACUUAUAUCCGCCGAAGCACAGCGAACCCAUCCUCAUGAUUCAUCCCGGAUAUCGGAAGUACCUAGAAAUCAAGCAUAAAUUCGCCCGCAUGAAACACAUGUCCACGAGUGCCACGAGCCUCAUGAAUCACGAUGUUCAUUUCCGGAGUGCUUCCCAUUGCAGUAGUGUCUGUGAUUCCUCUCAAAGCAUGGCGGGACAUGUGCGGCACAGCAGUGUGCCAGUAUUGGAUUUCCGAGGAUUUUCAGGCGCUGAUGGAGCCUGCCAUAAACGACCAAGCCAGAUGAAACCCUCGAAGAGCACGCUUUGUCUCAACACGAUGGGCCCUGGUGCUUACGUGACGGAUGCGAUCUACGGCGGCACCCCUGCCCUCCCAUCGUCUUCAUCCUCGUCUUUCCGUAGCGUCAUGGCAGAAAGAUGUGUGGAUAGCGGCUGUGAUGUGAACCCCUUCAAACGACCCAAGAGCGAUGCUGUGAUCACCAACGUGCCAUACUCCCAGCCUUAUCACGACUCUGGGUUCCUCCUGGCGUCGGCCAACGGAAGCGGCAAUCCAUCGCUGUCCAACAAGGAGAAUGCUUGCGGACUGGAAGUGGGGCAGGCAAAGGAGUCAUCAGUAUACGACGAGACUCCAGGGCCGAUCGUGAACGUGACGAGAUCCAGCCUGCCUCCACCCCCACCCCCGUAUUCCGUGGCUGUCACGUCUAAUCGCCCGAUCUCGGAAUCUCUCCUCCCGGCCUCCAAACAGGCUAAUGGUUACAGCCUGCCCAAGAACCCCUAUAAUCAGAAGAUGGGCUUUGAUUUCCCGUCCUCCAAAGGGAACAGCUUAUCUUAUGCCCAAGGGGCUGAUAGCGGGUUCUGCACUCCAGAUGCCAUCAAUGGGGGUUCCUCGUUGCCCUUUCUGCCAGAAGGUCUGAAGCCCAUGCAUGCCGUUUUCACCCUUAUUGUUCCAGCACGCCAUGCAUGCGAGAAUCGUUUCCUUUCAAGCCUCCCCCUGAAUUGCGGUAUUGUCCCGGGAACAAUCGACAAAGGAAGGGAGAAGAAAAUCUCGUCCCGGACCCACCUUUUCCCAUCAAAUGGACCAUUGUUCGAGAUGGGGGAGAGAGGGAGAGAUUUCCUUGAGAUGAGAUUCGGCUUGUCAGGGAGACGGAUCGGAGUUCAGACUGUGGGGGCUCCCCAUGCGUGA